AUGGUGGUGUAUGAAAUUGAGUACGUUGCAUCAGCCAGCAAGAACAUCGGAGGAAUAGCCGCUUGUGUCCUGUUCCAGGCGUAUCCUGUGUCCUCUCUGACCAAGAGCCCCCCUGCAGUGCUGGUAAUCUGUGGUCCAGGCAACAACGGGGGAGACGGCCUGGUCUGUGCCCGCCACCUCAAGCUCUUCGGAUACGAGCCCGCCAUCGUGUACCCCAAGCGGCCCAGCAAGCCCCUGUUCGAGAGCCUCACCGUCCAGUGUGAGAAGAUGGGCCUCCGCUUCCUGCCCGAGGUGCCAGCCGAGCCGGAGCUGAUCGACGAGGCCUAUAACCUGGUGGUCGAUGCCAUUUUCGGCUUCAGCUUCAAAGGAGCCGUGAGGGAGCCGUUCGGAGGCAUCCUGAGCACCCUGAAGAAAGUCACUGUGCCCAUCGCCAGCAUCGACAUCCCCUCUGGCUGGGAUGUGGAGAAGGGCAAUCCCGACGGCCUGCAGCCCGACAUGCUCAUCUCUCUCACCGCCCCCAAGAAGGCCGCCCAGCUCUUCCGAGGGCGAUACCACUACCUGGGGGGGCGCUUUGUGCCCCAGGCGCUGGAGAGCAAAUACCAGCUCAACCUGCCCGAGUACCCAAGCACAGACUGCGUCCGCCGGCUGAUGUAGCGCCCAGGGCAGUGUGUGUGGGGGGGGGGUACUGCACACCACAGUGCCACAGCAUGUACAGUGAUGCAGUAGACUAGGGGGGUUAGCUUGGUGCCUUAGUUCAAGCACCAGGCUACAAUACAGGGCCAUUCUGUCUUACACAGAGUAGCCACCAGUGCAAACCCAGAAACCUUCUUGGAUGAGAAAAGGAAGAUGUCCUGAUUCAGCCACAUAGAACUAAUCUUUCUGAUCCCUUGGCAGCCAAUGGGCUGCUGUAGGAAAUUUCAAUAGUUCAUGAUCAUGCAGUGAAAUGCAACAGCCAUUGCAGCUCAGUCCCUUCCUGACUACAGGAUGUUAUUGCAGUUUUUUUUAAGGGGAUCUUCUUAAUGCUCCUGCAGUCCUGAGGGAGGACAGCGCCACACAAGCAGAAGCUCAUGGGUGACCUCGCUGAAACUCAGCAAGGGCAUGUGUAACUCAGAGUGCAGUCAAAGGGGAAAUCUCCUCACUAGACGGAGAACCCCACAAGAACAAGACCAUCUCUCGAUCCUGGAAAUGUUACUCUUCCUGAAUAAAAUAAGGGGCUCCAGCUCA